UGGGCGGGCCUCGGGCCCCCUGCGUCCGGUCCUGAAGGCCGGUCUGAGCGAAGUGGACGGACUGCUGGGCCGGUGGCUGUCAGACGCGCUCUCGGCAGGGCUUUUCGCGGGGGGACUGCUGCUGGUCCCUGGGAGACCAGGGCUCUUACCUGCUGUAAGCGAACGGGGCUCGUCUGUGCGCGGCCGCGGCGUGGUCGUCUGUUGGUGAGGGUGAUUCCCUCCUUUCUGUGCGGAACGCUUAGCUAGCGCUUUCCGCUUACUGCGCGCCGGGCGGGGGUCGUGCAUUGUGUCGCUUCGUCUUAGCCCGAUGAGGCAGGUGGGUACGGGCCUCCCCAUUUUACAGAUGAAAAAACGAGGCUCAGAGAAAUUAAGGAACUUGCCCAAGGUCAUGCAGCUGGUAAUCUGAGAGGCCUUGAUUUGAAUGUGAUGUCUUUUCUGUAGGACUGUAUUUCUGCAUCUUGCAAAAAUAAAUAUUUGAGGAAAAUGAGGAUGGAUGCAGAGUUUCUUCCUGGGAGUAAAUUCUAAAUUCAUAGGCAGUAAAGAAUGCUGAUGGGAGAACCAUUUCCCUAAUUUUCAAGUUGUCAAGCUGGUUGCCAUAAUGGAUGAUCAGCAAGCUUUGAACUCAAUCAUGCAAGAUUUGGCUGUUCUUCAUAAGGCCAGUCGACCAGCAUUAUCGUUACAGGAAACCAGAAAAACAAAAUCUUCAUCACCAAAAAAGCAGAAUGAUGUCCGAGUCAAAUUUGAACAUAGAGGAGAAAAAAGAAUCCUUCAGUUCCCCAGACCAGUUAAACUGGAAGAUCUGAGGUCUAAAGCUAAAAUUGCCUUUGGACAGUCUAUGGAUCUCCAUUAUACCAAUAACGAGUUGGUAAUCCCAUUAACUACCCAGGAUGACUUGGACAAAGCUGUGGAACUGCUGGAUCGUAGUAUUCAUAUGAAGAGCCUCAAGAUAUUACUUGUAAUAAAUGGAAGUACACAGGCUACUAAUUUAGAACCACUGCCAUCACUAGAAGAUUUGGAUAACACAGUAUUUGGAGCAGAGAGGAAAAAACGGCUUUCUAUAAUAGGUCCCACUAGUAGAGAUAGAAGCUCCCCUCCCCCGGGAUACAUUCCGGAUGAAUUACACCAGGUUGCCCGGAAUGGGUCAUUCACCAGUAUCAACAGUGAAGGAGAGUUCAUCCCAGAGAGCAUGGACCAAAUGUUGGACCCAUUAUCUUUAAGCAGCCCUGAAAAUUCUGGCUCAGGAAGUUGUCCAUCACUUGAUAGUCCUUUGGAUGGAGAGAGCUAUCCGAAAUCACGAAUGCCUAGGGCACAGAGCUACCCAGAUAAUCAUCAGGAAUUUUCAGACUAUGAUAACCCUAUCUUUGAGAAAUUUGGAAAAGGAGGAACAUAUCCACGAAGGUAUCAUGUUUCAUAUCACCAUCAAGACUAUAAUGAUGGUCGUAAAACUUUUCCAAGAGCUAGAAGAACCCAGGGGACCAGCUUCCGGUCUCCUGUGAGUUUCAGUCCUACUGAUCACUCCUUAAGCACUAGUAGUGGGAGCAGCAUCUUUACCCCAGAGUAUGAUGACACUCGAAUAAGAAGAAGGGGAAGUGACAUAGACAACCCUACUUUGACUGUAAUGGACAUCAGCCCGCCCAGCCGCUCACCUCGUGCUCCAACCAACUGGAGAUUGGGCAAACUGCUUGGCCAGGGAGCCUUUGGCAGGGUCUACCUCUGUUAUGAUGUCGAUACAGGAAGAGAAUUGGCUGUUAAGCAAGUUCAAUUUGACCCUGAUAGUCCUGAGACCAGCAAGGAAGUAAAUGCACUUGAGUGUGAAAUUCAGUUGUUGAAAAACUUGCUGCAUGAACGAAUUGUUCAGUAUUAUGGCUGUUUGAGGGAUCCCCAGGAAAAAACACUUUCCAUAUUUAUGGAGUAUAUGCCAGGGGGUUCAAUUAAGGACCAAUUAAAAGCAUAUGGAGCUCUUACUGAGAAUGUGACUAGGAAAUACACUCGUCAGAUUCUGGAGGGUGUCCAUUAUUUGCACAGUAAUAUGAUUGUUCAUAGAGAUAUCAAAGGCGCAAAUAUUCUGCGAGAUUCAACAGGCAAUGUCAAACUAGGAGAUUUUGGGGCCAGCAAACGGCUUCAAACCAUCUGUCUUUCGGGAACAGGAAUGAAGUCUGUCACAGGCACACCAUACUGGAUGAGCCCUGAAGUCAUUAGUGGGGAAGGCUAUGGCCGAAAAGCAGAUGUCUGGAGUGUGGGCUGUACUGUGGUAGAAAUGCUAACUGAAAAGCCUCCUUGGGCAGAAUUUGAAGCAAUGGCUGCAAUCUUUAAAAUUGCCACUCAGCCAACAAAUCCAAAGCUGCCACCUCAUGUCUCAGACUACACUCGAGAUUUCCUCAAACGGAUCUUUGUAGAGGCCAAACUGAGGCCUUCAGCUGAUGAACUCCUACGGCACAUGUUUGUGCACUAUCACUAGCAGCCGGUAACCUCGCCUGUGCCUCUCCCCAGCUCCCGGCUCUUCAUUCACCUUCUCUCUGACUGCACUUUUCUUCUUUAUAAACAAGAGAGAUGGGGGAGAAAAGAAGACAAGAGGGAAAGUGUUUCUCUUGAUUCUUGGUUAAAUUUGCUUAAUAGUAACCUAAAUUUUUUAUAUUUAAUCUUUUUUUCCCCUUGCAAGAACUUGAAACUUCUUUUUUUUUUUUAAUUUUUAUAAUGUACUGAUGUGGUUCAGAGAGCUAAAGCACUUUAGUACAUAGUCACUCUUUUUAGUACAAAUCGUUUGGAAUACCUAAAGAUUGUAGAGUCUUUCCCUGUGUCACUGACAGAAUGGUGGUGAUGGGGAGACACGAAAAACAAGGAGAAGAAAAUGAUGUAUAAUUUGUAGUUUUUAGUGAUAGUAUUUAAAGUAGAUCCUCAUUUAUGGGGUUGAGCCCUAAACUUAAGUUUAGGGUAGGUACUCAACUUAAAGAAUAUAGGUUCCUUCUUAUAUCUGUAUUCUUUAGAUCCUAACCUCUGUCUACCAAGCUUUUUGCUCAGUAGGAAUCUUGAUAGAAAAUACCAUUCUCUAAGAGGUAUGUUUAUUUGUUAAUCCUAACCAGUAUAAUAAGCAAAUACACUAUAAUAGAUCCAUGUUACUGGAAUCUAUGAACCUUGAGGGAUAGCUUUCUGAUUAAAAAAAAAAGAGAGAUACUAUUUUAUUUUAAAGCAGAUAUGGGAGUCAGUGAGCAAACCUAAAUUAAAAGACAAAAGGAGAUUGCUCUAAUUAAAUGUGUGAGCAGUAGAAGAGACCACAUUUGCCAGUCAACAGAAAUAAUGAAAAAAAGAACUAAAUGUUGUUUAGUAUAUUUUAAACUAUGUUCAUUACUUGAGGAGGAAAGUCCCAAAAUUAAGAGAAAGGAGAAAUAAUCAAAAUCAUGUAUACUAUAUCUUCCUGUUUCUAGCUCCUGAAUUCUCCAAAAGUAACAUUCUUCAGGAACUAAGAGUGUAACCCACAGUGUCCAUGUAUUAAAGCUAGUGUCAUGAGAUACCCUUGUUCUCAGGAUCGCAGAAUACUAAAGCACCUCAAAAAACAGUUAUGAUGUAAAACAGUGAUUCUCAAGGGCGGGCUGGGGAAAAUUUCACUUGGCAUUUGGCAAUGCCUGGAAACAUUUUUGGUUGUCAUAACUAGGAGGAUGCUAAUGGCAUCUAGUGGGUAGAGGACAGGGAUGCUUCUAAACAAACUACAACACACAAGGACAGCACCCCCCGCUGACCCUUCAGCAAAGAAUUAUCCUGCCCAAAAUGUCACAAGUGCCAAAGUUGAGAGACCCUUAUGUAAAAAAAUAGCCCUGCUUUAAAAUUGAAAACAGCCAUUUAUAAAAGCAAGUUCUUUGCAAAAACUAAAUAUGAGAGAGAAAGUGAUAUAAUACAUAAUGAGGAUUUUACAAGAGCAGAUACCUCUGCUUCAAGUCAAGGGUGAAUGGUCUCAACAAACAGCAAACAGCGAUCCUGUCCUUAGCAGCUGCGUAUUACACCUGAAUCAGUAACUUCCAUUGUACAAACAAAAUGAAUGUAAACAUGGAGCCUAUGGAACUCAACCGUCUAUAUAUAUUAUUUCCUCAAAAGUCAAUUCAUUAUUGUGGGAAAAGAAAAGCAUAUCAAAACAAAGUAUAACUACUUCAUAGGAAGAUUAAAAACUGCCAGGUAUUUCUAGGACAUAUUAAGUGCAAGGAGACAGCUGGGAAAGUCCCAGUAUCUCUGCUGGACUUGUGCUACUGAAAAACAUGAAUGAUAUCAGUAAUUUGGCCACUUGCAGUUUUUUUCAGCAUAUUAAAGCAAGUGCUAAGUACUUUGUUUUUAAAGAUUUAAAAAAUAGUAGUCUUCCUAGAGGCCCUAAAUGUGAUGCCUUGAUUCAUAAGGGACUCAGGUAUUUUAUUUCCUGCUAAAAGUUAGGCUCCUUUAGGGACUCUUUUAAAAUACUUUGUUUCUGAAGUUAGGUAGAUCUUGGUUUACUGCAUCAAGGUUCUAUCUGGCAUUCCCUGUAGGAAUAUUUGAAAUUCCACUCGCUAGUCUGAGAAGAAGUCAAAGCACAAAUAUAGUUGUCAAAGGUUCUCCUAUACCCUUAUACUCAGAGGAAGCAGCCUGCAAGGAAGGGUAUGAAUUAGAGGCCGCCUCCCCCUGGAAAAUCAACUGCCAAAUCUUGUGCUAUACACAUAGUCCCCAAGGAUGUGGAUCUAUUAUAAUUUCUCUUUUAUGAGUGAAGCCAUCUCUUCUACUUGAGCAAGAUCAUGGUAUCUGGACUAGUGGGCUUUUCCUUUGUUUCUUUGUCUUGUGUGGUUGUGAUUUCCUUUUGGCUCAUUUUUGGUGUGUCAGGGUAACCAGCAGUGCAGAAUAUAUGAGACAAUGCUCUUUAGAGAGAAAUCUUGGGAGACUGUGAAGCCCAAAGCAAAACUGUUUGCUUUUUUCAGUCUCUUUUUUCUUUUCUAAAUGCUACAGAAAAUAAAAUCACCUGAAAAGAAACUACUAUUUUAACACUGCUGCAGAAGACUUUGUUUUAUAAGAAAAAUAUUAUUAGCUAUGGGAAAGUAUUGUUCUUUAUGUAAAGAUUUAAAAAUAGACUAAUAGUUUACAGAGUUACUAUAUAAAAUGUGAUGUGAAUUUAUUUCAAACAAGUUGUAAAGGUACCAGAAACCACAGUAAAAGUUAAUAUAUAUAAAAACUACUAAACAAAAAAGCUUGAAGUGGGGUGAGGUAUGGAAGACCAAAAGUAAAUUUAAAAAAGAAAAUUUGAAAGGAAACACCUCUAUUAGGGGCAGUUAAAUAUAACACUCCAGUUUUUUCUAAUAAUGGUAUGGAUCAACAAAUGAAAUUUGAACUUUUAAAGAUGACUCUAAGUGUAUUUUGUUUUUUAAAUGCACAACUGAUUCUUCUAUACUGUAAUGUUUCUUUGCUGAGGCUGGAAGAUGGCCAGACUGCUGACUUUGUGCCUUUAAAAUGCAUUCUGCUUUGAUAGUGGCAGACUUUUUUGGUGCUGGAGAAGAUUCAUUAGCAGUCUUAUAUGUGCUUUUCAGGAAAUAAUCUUUCUACUUAGGCCUUGAGAAAUUCAAAAUGGCAUGAUUUAGGCUUGGACCAAAUAAUAAGAUCUUUUACAAUGCAAACAAAGUGUAUUGAAUAAAGGGUUGAAAAAUAUCAUAAUGACAAGUGGAAAUUUUGAUGGUUGGUAAUUCUUUAAAAUGUAUUAAAAAAUAUACAGAGUUUGAAAUUUUCAGUAUGACUAUCUUGAAAAUUUUCAAAUUUUCCUCAUUUACAGAAUGUUUCUAACUUGAAAAAUGGUUAAAGACUAUUGCCUUAGAAAGUUUUCAGAGGCACAGUCAACCUUACAUAAUUUGUAUAUGAGAUUGAAAUGUUUACACACAGAGUUAACUAUAAAAGAACAAUUAAAACUUAUUUCAGAGUAAAUUGAAUUGGCUUUGACUUGAGAGAGUCUAUCUUAUUCCCAAUAGAAACUACAUUAAGAAGGUGACAUUAUUUCUUUAGCUUUCUGCUACUUCAGCUCUUAGAUAUGUCAGGUCUGGUCUAUAGUAUUGCUGAGAUGGAGUUGUUAUAAGAUACGUGAAAUCACUAAGAAAAUCAAAUCUGAAUAGUUUAUAGAGACGACCAAGCUUGGGUGCAAAAACCAAGAUGUUUGCCAGAUGCAGACUCCUUGGCCCACGGCAGAGUUCUGUGCCAGGGAUUUCAUUUCGGGUCUAGGGACCAAUGGCUUAAUAUAAAAUCACCGGGUGUCAAUCAAGUAUAGGAAUCUAUCAAUUUUUUUUAAAUAGGGUGAAUCUUUUUCAUUUGCUUAUUCAACAGUUGUGGCUUAUUGUGUCAGGUACUAAAUUAAUUUACCCUUAAGGAGGUCACAGUCUAGGAGGAAACAUGGGCAAACCAGAUAGUUACUUAUUUAAUGGCAUACCCUAACUCUGAGAGUUUAGCAAUGAUAUUUUAAAAUGCUCUUAUUUUUUAUGAAUUGAGGGGAAAGCAAUUUUGUGUAAUCAUUGGCUAUUAAAAACUAAAAUGUCAUUAACAACAGGAAUUAAAAGUAUCCCCAAAUUGGAGGAACCCCCAUAGGUCAGGCAGCCUCUCUCUCAGGACUCCCUCUUACAAAACCCAGCCUCUGCUCUAACAGUCCCAGUAAUGGGGGGCAUUUAUUACAUAGCAUAGUGGUUUUUUCCUGCUGUUUCUUUUAAAGAAAAAAAAAAUUUUCUUUUCGUCUAAAUUGUUAAAAUACCCAAAACAUUUGAUAGAAAUUGAAUUCUGUCAACAGUAUUAUUUAUACUAAGAUCAGAACAAUUUCUUGAGACCUUAUUGUCUUAUAUUAAGUUUGGCCUUUGUUGCGAAUGUAAUGUUCAUAUUUAUUUGAAUUUUAAGAUUGGUUAAAUGUUAAUGAAAAGCAAUUUAAUUGUUAAUUUUUGGCAGUGCCUUUUUCUCUGUAUGCCUUAAUUUUAUUUUAUAUCAAUAAUAAUUCAAGUUACCCACCGAAAUGAAGGUUUUUCCAAAAUCAGGAGGCUUCAAGAGGUCAUUUGGCCUUAGGCUGUGUGUUGGCCCUUAAACAUUUUUUAAUGCCUGCUUCCUCCUCCUACCCUUUUCUACCUCUUUUUUUUUUUUUUUUUUAUGUUAGCAUUAGUCUGUGAUAGACACACUGCAGUCUCCACUAGGUGUGAAUUCCUAAGAUAAGGAGGUAUUCUAAUUCUAAAGAGACAUAGUAAAUUGCUUUUCAGGUUGAUUACUUGAUUUUCAGUCCCAUUGGCAGUGUCCAAAUUCUUUGUAUAUCAUGUCAGUUAUGAUUUUCAUAGCAGAGCUGGAAUGGUUGUUUUUGCCCUAAAGAGGUCCUUUAAAUGGUUUACAGGUGUUAAGGCAAUGAGACUUAGGGCAAUGAGCAAGAAGUACAGGGAUAGCAAAUUCUAAUCCUUACUUUUUAACUAACAUCUUGACUAAAACUCUAGCUUACUUCUCUGUGAAGUGUGUGUGUGUUUGCAGUUGGGGCAGGGGUGGGAAGGAAGAAAAGAUAUGAAUGUUCAAUUAGAUUAGUCUCUGUUCUUGGAAGAACAACUCAAAUGUGUAUGACCUACUGAUGAUGGAUGAGUGUAAUUGUCCUCGGGUAGGAAUGCCAGCACAUUUUCCACAAGUAGCUAGUACAAAUGAUUGUUUAAUAAAGGUAUUUAUUGUAAAUUGCCAAGCUCUUGGUUGCUAAAAGUAGAUUAAAAUUGAAUUUGUAUGUGUGUAUAAUAGUGAGCUUAUAUAUAAUUCUUCAAUAGAAAGUAAGUGAUUUUGCAUAGCUCUUCAUGAACUCUUUGGAAUAGAAAUUCUGCCAGACAUUAUCAAAACAAGCUUCCUUAGCUUACCAAGUGUUCAAAAGGAAAUUGUCUUAUACCUCUUUUUGGUUGGCUAGGGAAGGCAUGCUGUGAAGCCACUGUUCCUUCUUCAUAGUCGUCUUUAGCUUUGCUUUGGCUUCUGCCACAGUCUGGACAGGAUGCCAUAAUAGGUGUGAGAAGUGUCAGGGCCAACUAUUCUCCUUACUCACCUUUCAGAGCUGUAGAUGGUACUGAGCUCUCAGGAGAGUCUAGAGAAUCUUCUCUUGGUGAUAGUGAGAGUGGACAUGGUUUAGUUUCAGAAAGUUGAGGGAGAAGUCUUAACUAUAUAAAGAAUAGAAUAAAUUUUCUGUAUUGCCUAUCUCAUGUAAAUUCUUCAUAUUUUUCAUAAUUGUGCAUUUUAAUUGACAGUAAUGAUAUUUUUGUUAAUAAGAGCAAAGACAUUAAAUCAGUGAGCACUAUUAUUCCCUGACUGAUGACUUCUUGUUUGUAUUCACACUCUGUAUUAUCAGAAUCACUUUAAAACCAAAGCUUUUAUAUUCCCUGUACACAUAGCCAAAAUGAUUAGCACUGUUAUGUCUGCCCACCUGUAAGCUAAUAGUAUAAAAAUGAUAAAGCAGGUACUCGUAGAAUUUGUAUCUUAAUCUGUCCUUCAAGUAAAAGGACAGGUGCUCAGUGUUUGCAUUUAGACAUGCAGAAUUUACUUCAACUCUUACAGAAUCAUAUAGACAUUACGAACUUGAGCUUGCACAUGUGCCAAUCUUACCAACGCCACUUGGCCACAGACACUUCUACAUAUACAUUGACAUGUGAUGCCUCAGGUUGGUGGCAUACUUUCUUCCUGGUGUCUUAACAUUUAUGAACUUGUAUUUGACUUGAGGGGCAUUUCAGGAACGCUGUGAAGAAAAGUAGGUUAUGGAUAGACAUCUGCUUUGUGCCAUAGACAUUUUGGAACAUAAGGAAGGGUCUGCUCUCCAGUAUACAUGCAGAAUUUGUCCCAAAUAAGGAUUUUUGAGUCCAUUAAUGCCAGUUGAGAACAGUAAAGUUUGUGACUAUACUCAAAAGCACCUUUGUGUUCACUUACUUAUAUUUUUUUAGAAUUUAUUUUUUAAAAGCAUAUGUAACUAGUGAUUUUAGCAUUAGCAUUACUUGGAGGGGAGAGAUAAGUAACAAAAUUACAUCUUAAACUCUAUUAGAUACUUAGGUUCCAAAAUGGAUUUGACAUAUUCUCAUUUUUCCAAAGACUUUUUUCCACCAGGAACAAGAAGAGAAGAUUAGUGGAAACAUUUGAGCUGGAAAGGCUUAUGGGCAAAAGAAAGUGGGCCAAACCCUUGCAAUAUACCCUAUUCAAGUGAAGGUACAGUGUCUAAGGAUAAGAAUACUUCUUUAAAAACAAACAAUUGUUUUUAAUACAAUCUUAAUUAGUAAGUAAAAGGUUUACAUUUUUUCUAUUGCUAUUGGUUUUAAAAUUUGCUACCCUGCAUUCUGAAAUAUUAUAAAAGAGUUAAUACCAAAAAUACUUUUAAUGUCUGACAUCUCUUACAUUUCACAUGGUUUUUUUAAUUCAAGUAUCAUUGUAAAUAAAAGUAAACUUGGAUAAAUUUGAGAAUAAACUUUUAAUUGUUGCAAACUAUGAUUAUCAAUUUGUAAAUUUACCCUUUGACCUAAUGUACAUUUUUAAAUGUAGCCAUUAAAUUCUCUAUAUUUAAUCUAUUAGUUUCUCUCUGUAAAUGUUUUUAAUCUCAGUUGAAUGCUGGGCAGUUUAUAAUUAUGUACAAAGGUGUUUUUUUCCUAUCAAGGUUGACUUUUUUGCACAUUUUUGGAAAUGUUUAAUUUGUACACUGAUUUACUACUCUGACCAAUAAUUGUUGAUGGGUGUAUGAGCAUUGUGAAUGCGUGCAUUGAACUACUGUCUGUGUCUCUAUGUUUUAACUUUUUUCAAGAUGUAGCCAUCAGUAACUGCACUGCUAUUACUGACUUAAAUGGACCUUCUUGCUUUUACAAAGUCUACUUCUCUAUGGUUCUAUCUUUGUUGAAGAACUCAGGAGUUCGACAUCACUUUCUCAUUUUAUAUGUAUCCUAAAACCCAUGACUAAGUUGAAAGUAUGCGUCUAACUCUGUGUAUCAGGGGAUGUGUGUAUGGAGAUGUCCUUUUCUGUCUGUAGGCACAUGUAUAUAUCCCAGUAAUUUCUUAUUUUAAUUUCAUUUCUACAUUUUUAUGAACUUGUUUUAUAAGGGUACUGUUUAGUUAGAACAAUUAAAUAUAUAUAAAAGCUUUCUGAGAGAUUAUUUACUAUAUGAAUAUAUUUUCAGCUGGCUGAUCAAAACUAUUUUUUUAAUUUUGUUUUUAACCACGGGCAAAAUGUAUUUGUAUUUCCACAAUUGGAAGCAAAUUUACUUAUAUAUCAAUUAAAAUACUCUUGCAAGGAAGAGCAUUGAAUUCUCUUGAGGAUUCUAUGAAAUGCAAAUUAAGAGGAAAAAAUAGGUUGUAAGCAGUAGCAAAAACACACUAUCCACUAAAAUGGCCUCAAUUCUCAGAGCUGUGAAUAAAUGUGAGAAACUAAAUUGUCUUCAAGAGAUAUCAAGACUUUUAUAUCUCCAGUUGCUGUUGGCCUGUCCUCCUUUUGUUUUUGAAUAUUUUCUUUAUUCUACCCCAAAGAUUUCAACUUUUAGUUUUUCUCUUACUGGGCAAGGUCAGACUGCAUUUAUACAACAAUACAUUGACGUAUUGUGGUUCUCUGUAAUUGACUAUAAAUUGGUUUAGAAAUGUCCAAACAUACGUUUGUUUUGUCUUUAUACUUACUGUACUGUGUAUUUUAAGUAACUGGCAGAAAAAGCAUUGGCAAUUUCCAGUCUGACAAUGUUGUUGUACCUAAGAAAAACCUUGCUUUUAGUAUGCGGUACCAUGUAAAAUUACUUGUGUUAGGAAUAAAGUCCACUGUUGAAGUUGAAUGUCACUAAGUUUAUUAUGUUACAAGGAGCCAGUAUGAUUAGAAAAACCUACCAGAAGCCAGAUACAGUGUGGUAUGUGCCACAUUUCAUGCACAUUUUGACUUUGUGUUGUUCAUUCAAAACUGUGCUUGUAAAAAUGUAUAAAUUUUCUGAGUUUUACAAUUUUUAUGUACUUGUUUUUUCUUGCUGGUAAAUAGCUUUUUUUUUUUAAUCUAAUGUGAAAGAAACCAUGUUUAUAUUUUGUUAGUGAUCAAUGAAUUUGUUUAUAUGGAAAUUUGUAUAUUGUUGGCACACGUCUUCGUUUAGAUUUAUUGUGCAUGAAGGCCUGCAAUAAUUAGCACAACGAAAAUUGCUUUUUCCUACAUGUUCAUUUUUUUGAAAGAUUGUGGUGCAAAGGCUUACUCUAAGUAACCUUCUGGACUAUGGAAUGAAUAUAAAUGAAUGGCACUUUGAGUGUUAAUAAAGCUGAUAUUUAUUUCCACUGUGA